AAAACGCUAACUAAGGCUGUUUGUGGUAAUGGAGUAGUGGAAGGUCAAGAGGAAUGUGAUUGCGGCCAAAAAGAUUGUCCAAACAAAUGUUGCGAUGGCUCGACUUGUAAACUGAAAGAAGGUGCUUUCUGCGCAGAAGGAGCUUGCUGUGAUCUUGAGACUUGCAAGCCGAAACCAAGAGCGACAGUGUGUAGAAUUUCAAAGAGUCCUUGUGAUUUGAAUGAAUACUGUAAUGGUGAAACGAAUGACUGUCCUGCUGACUUCUAUGUUCAAAAUGGACAUAUUUGUCCUGAACACGAUAACGAUUUUUGCUAUGAAGGAAAAUGUGGUAGCCGUUCUGAUCAAUGUGUUCAAAUUUGGGGUUCAGACUCCAAGAGUGGCAUACCGCAGUGCUUUGAUUUAAAUAGAAACGGUAACUUUGGUGGUAACUGUGGCUUUGACUUCCACUCUGGGAACUACACACCAUGUCCUGUAGAGGAUGUUCAAUGCGGUAGACUACACUGCACAACACAAAGCGAACGUCCCAUUAUUGGAACACCUCAAACAGUUCAGCCUUCAUACACCUACAUAAGAGUUGGUAGAGAGGACCAUAUGUGUCAUGUGAUAAAAACAACUUUUUCGUCCGGUAAACGAAAAGAACGUGAUUACGGUAUGGUUACUGAUGGGGCUAUGUGUGGAAAAGAUAAGAUGUGUGUGGAUAAGAAGUGUAAAAUGCGUGCUGAUGUCAACAAAACUGUUUCGUUAUGCUUGAAUGACUGUCAUUUUAGAGGUGUUUGUAACAAUGUUGGAAACUGUCAUUGCUACAACGGCUUUGGAGGUAUUUCUUGUGAAAUUCCUGGCUAUGGUGGUUCGGUUAACAGUAACACGGCUAAUCUUCAUAGAGGAGUGACCCCAUCUACUGUCUUUUUGUUCUGCAGUUUCACACUCAUUUUUGUUUUCUUGAUCACAGCGAUUGUAUGUGCUGUUCGAGAAAAAAGGAAUAUACUUUUUGAACUCUGGCGAUGGAUCAGAAAAACAUUGAAAAUGGAAGGAACUAAUGUACCUGUUCGACGUGCACCUCCACCCCCUAGGCAGUUAGAAAAGAAGGGAUCACCUCCAAUCAAAUAUGGUCAAGUGAUAUACUCCACCCGAUCUGAUGGUAACGCCUAUAGAACGGAGAGCAUUCCACCGAUAUCUCCUACAUCUACAAUUGUUUGCGGGACAAACACUAUUUUCACAAAUCCAGCGCCUGUGAUCAAAUUGGAACGGACCAAAUCGAAUAGACCAAAGGUGCCUCCUCCAUCCGUGCCAAUACGGCCAAAAGACGAACACCUCAACAAGCUUUAUGAGGAAGAAGCGGAGCAUUUGGGUUUAAUAGGGUCAAGUGAAAAUCAGCAGGAAAAGAUUGGAGAUGAGAAGAAGCUCCCUCCUCCUUUACCACCCAAGCCCCCUAAACCCCAAAAAUAA